GACGGACUUCCAUUGGUCCGACAGCUCUUUCCUGUACUCAAUGGAGCAGCAAUAGUUCUUUUCACUGCAUAAUAUUAACGUAUUUUUUGGCUGAAGCAGGGAGGUUGAGGGUUAGCGCGAGAUAUUCCUGAGCCGCGGGAAGCUGAGCACGCGUACAUCUGUGUGUUUGUGGAAAUUGGCAAGUUUGGGGAUUAGGGCCCUGUAAUCAGGGCAUCAAGAGCUUUCUUCAAAUCCAUUUCAGUUGCAUUGUCGACAUGCCGCAGAAGUUCAGACCUGGAGACUUGGUCUUCGCCAAAAUGAAGGGGUACCCGCACUGGCCGGCUCGGAUUGAAGAUGUUGCAGAAGGAGCAGUGAAGCCACCACCGAACAAGUAUCCCAUCUUUUUCUUCGGCACUCACGAAACAGCUGUACUGCCUGAAAAGGAUUUAUUUCCGUAUGAGAAAUUCCUUGACAAGUAUGGCAAACCUAACAAGAGGAAAGGCUUUAAUGAGGGGUUAUGGGAAAUUAAGAACAAACCUCAUGAUGAUUACAGUCUGCCACCACAGGCAAGCUCAUCUGACAGUGAAGUGCCAGAAAAUGAUGCAGCCCCAGGAAGUGAUGCUGGUGAUGAAGAGGCAGAAAGAACUACACCUGUGCCAGCUGAUGUAACAGAAAAGGCAGAAAGUGAUGAGCAGUCUGACAAAGAACAGGAAAUUACGGCUACUAAAAGAAAACCCCCAGCUCGAAAAGCUCCCCCUGCAAAACGGGUCCGCAAGUCAUCAAGUGAAAUGGAAGAGAGUGGCUCUCCAAUGUCCGAUGACAACUCAGAAAGUUCUGCAGAAUCUGCAAAGACCAGUGAUCAGGAUUUUACACCUGAGACGAAAACAGCAGCUAGAGGUCCACGGCGAGCAGCUGCAAACAGAAGAAAGAAGGCUGCUUCAGAAUCUGAUUCAGAAGAAAAAAUGGAUUCAGUUGAAGAGAAGCCAAGUGAUGGUGAAAAACUUACGAAAUCAGACUCUGACUCUGAUGUCUCUGUUAAGAAAGCUCCACGUGGCAGAAAACCAGUGGAGAAGACUGCUGCAAAGCCACGUGGAAGACGACGAAGGGAAGCUUUGCCUCCUGACUCUGGUAGUGAUAAGGCUGUAAAACCACGAGGAAGAAAAGCAAAAAAGGAGGCUGUGCCCUCUAAUUCUGAUAAUGAGAUGGUUACAAAACCACUUGACAGAACACCAGAGAAUGAAGCUGUGCCUUCUGAAUCCAGCAGUGACAGUGACAGUGAAGUAGACAAGAUCAGUGAGUGGAAGAAGAAGGACGAGGAGCGCAGGAAAGAGUUGGAGGAAAAGAGGCGGCGGGAACAAGAGGAAGAGUUGAAGAGACUCAGAGAGCAGGAGAAGGAAGAAGAAGAACGAAAAAAGAGAGAAAAGGUUGAGCGAGGAACUGAUCACAGCAGUGACAGCAGUGAAGCUGAACUUCCAAAGAAAACUAAACCACCUCCUAAACAACCUCAAAAGAAAAAAGAGUCCUCUUCAGAUUCUGAAUCAGAUCCUGAAGUAGAAAGAGAGGUAAAGAAGCCAGUGAAGAAAGCGACUUCAGAGCCAGUGAAGAAGCAUAACCAAAAGAAUGAAAAAGAGGUGAAGCUAAAGGCCCCCCAGAAGCCAAAACCCAGGCCACCAAAGGCAGAAAAACCGGUUAGAAGGCCAAUAAAGGUGCCAGAGAAGAAAGUUGAAAAAAAGAAAGAGCCAUCUGUGGAAGACAAACUGCAGAAACUGCACACAGACAUCAAAUAUGCCCUGAAAGUGGACAACCCUGACAUAAACAAGUGUAUCCAGGCUUUAGAGCAGCUGGGAGCCCUUCAUGUGACAACUCACAUCCUGAACAAGAACACAGAUCUUGUAGCAACACUCAAAAAGAUUCGUCGUUACAAGGCCAGCAAAGAGGUAAUGGACAAGGCGACAGAAGUGUAUAAUCACCUCAAGCUGCAGUUUCUUGGUACAGUCAAGCCCGUUAAAUCUGAGUCUGAGAAGAAGGAGGAUGAAAAGCUAGAUGGCGGUAUUAAGGAAGAAGAAUCGCCAGCUGUAAAUGUUAAAAAAGACUCCAUAGAUGAUUUGUCAUCUGGUCCCGUAAAUGGAGAACCAGCAACUCAGAAGAGUGAAGCUAGUACAGAUAUAGAAAAAAAUGAACAAACCGUUACAGAAGAAACAAAGAAUUCUGAAGUGUGUACAGUGGCAAAGCAGAAUGACAUUGGAACAGAACUAGAAAAACUGAAGUCUGAAGGACAGCCAUUUUCAACUACAGAGCAUGGUUCAAUGGAUAUAGAGUCACUUAAGAGCUGAAAACUUGUUACCAAAGGACGUGUUUGUAUUUAAAUGGCUUUUUACUUGCUUAAGUUCAUCCUUCAGUCUGAGCACUAGUAGAUUUAAUAUAGUUUUCUCAACAAAUUCCAUUUGAAAAUUUGAUGUACACAUCUGUUCUUGUUUUUUUGCACCUUAAAUUUGUGUCAUACCAACAGUGAGCUGAAUUAUAAAUGUUUUUUAAUGAAAAAAUUUGUUUCUUG